UCAAACUCAAAACAUUCUUACACCACAACCGCGUUCUUUCUCAAUCAUAUAAUCCUAACAUAUUUUCUUGAUUCAUUUCAUUUCCAAAAAAAUAAAAUUUCAGUGAUGUUCAGAUCAAAUUUCAUCAUCUUCUUCGUUUUUCUGGUUAUAUUUCCAAGCAGUGCAGAUGCUUUUUUACAGUUCAUGGAGGCACCAGAGUAUAAAAACGGCAUGGAAUGUUCGUCCGUCGCUGAUUCGUCGCUAAUUUGUAAUUCGUCACUUGUUCAUGUUUCCAUGACGCUUGAUCCGGAUUACUUAAGAGGAACUAUAGCGGCCAUUCAUUCUGUUCUUAAGCAUACUUCUUGCCCUGAAAAUAUUUUCUUUCACUUAAUUGCUUCUAAUAAUCCCGGAAAAUUUUCUCCGAACAAUCUUGCCAAGAUUGUUAGCUCUGCUUUUCCUUCCUUGAGCUUCAAGGUUUAUGUCUUCGAUCAGAAUCUUGUUUCUGAUCUGAUUUCGACUUCGAUCCGGAAAGCUCUCGAUAAUCCGUUGAAUUACGCGCGGAGUUAUUUGUCGGAUAUACUCGAACCUUGCGUAAAACGAGUGAUUUAUUUGGAUUCUGAUAUAAUAGUUGUUGAUGAUAUUCAGAAUCUAUGGUGGGUUUAUCUUACAGGGUCAAGAAUUAUAGGAGCUCCUGAGUAUUGUCAAGCAAGUUUCACCAAGUAUUUUACGGACGGAUUUUGGGCCGACCGCGAGCUUUCGCGGGUUUUCGCCGGGAAAAUGGCGUGUUAUUUUAAUACGGGUGUGAUGGUGAUUGAUCUGGAGAGAUGGAGAGAGGGGGAAUACACUAAGGAGAUAGAGAAAUGGAUGAGGAUACAUAAAGAGAAAAAGAUUUAUGAUUUGGGCUCGUUACCGCCUUUUUUGUUGGUGUUUGGUGGAGAUGUUGAAGCUAUUGAUCAUAGAUGGAACCAACACGGGCUCGGGGGCGAUAAUGUGGUUAGCAGUUGUAGAUCGUUGCAUCCCGGACCUGUUAGUUUGCUGCAUUGGAGCGGUAAAGGGAAGCCGUGGAGGAGGCUCGAUGAGCGGAAGCCGUGCCCAGUUGAUUCUAUAUGGGCACCUUAUGAUCUCUAUAAACGUCGACAAUGAUUCAUUUGUUUGUUUAGUGUAUAAAGAUUGAUUCUUUUAUUCAUUCCAUCAGUUUUUCCAGCUCACUAUUUUGGCUGAGAGGACAAAUUUUUGUACUGUAUAGACACAGAUUCUUAAUACUGAAAUUCAUUGUAUCAAA